AUGGGAAACAUCCUGAUCAAUCCUUGUAUGGGAAACAUCCUGAUCAAACAUCGUAGAGGAAACAUCCUGAUCAAACCUCGUAUGGGAAACAUCCUGAUCAAGCCUUGUAGGGGAAAUAUCCCGUUCAAACCUCGUAGAGGAAACAUCCUGAUCAAACCUCGUAUGGGAAACAUCCUGAUCAAACCUCGUAGAGGAAACAUCCUGAUCAAACCUCGUAGAGGAAACAUCCUGAUCAAACCUCGUAUGGGAAACAUCCUGAUCAAACCUCGUAGAGGAAACAUCCUGAUCAAACCUCGUAUGGGAAACAUCCUGAUCAAACCUCGUAGAGGAAACAUCCUGAUCAAACCUCGUAUGGGAAACAUCCUGAUCAAGCCUUGUAGGGGAAAUAUCCCGUUCAAACCUCGUAGAGGAAACAUCCUGAUCAAACCUCGUAUGGGAAACAUCCUGAUCAAACCUCGUAGAGGAAACAUCCUGAUCAAACCUCGUAUGGGAAACAUCCUGAUCAAGCCUUGUAGGGGAAAUAUCCCGUUCAAACCUCGUAUGGGAAAAUCCUGA